UCCUGCAUUGGUUCCUGGAACUAGAAGGCUCGAAUUUCUACUGAUAGUAUUCAACAGUAUUAGUAAUGAUCGCUCAACAUUCUAUAGCUUAGGGAAGUAAAAUUACAAUGUACAGAUCCAUUUGACGAGUAAUUGAAAGUUAACAAGCCAUUGCAAAUGCAGGAAAUUCGGAUACAUAUUCAACUGAACGUAACUGACUAUUGAGAUUGUACUCGUAGCAUAGGCAAGCGACAAAAGUAUGUCUAAUGGUGCUCGUCAUAUGAUAUUGGUGCUUCGAGUGACGAAAUGCGGUCACAUGACUACGCAACAUGGAUCCCCCAUGAGCUUGCAAACUGUUGACAGUGCACACGUUCCUAUCACACAAUCUAAAAGCUGAAUCUGAAGGAAGACGACAAAGGACGUGAUUGCAUAAUGGAUGAGGUGCAGGAUGACGAGGAGGAUGAAAAAGAGCUGCAUGACUCAAGGCGGCCGAAGGCACCGAGUAAAAAGAAGUUUGAAGAAGACAUGGAGGUUCUUGGCAGCAGUAUACGUGCCAAGGAGCAAGAGUUGGAAGCAAGUAAAGUUGCAGGUAUGCCAAAUGCAUCUGACCAGCUGAAAAACUUGAAGGUAGAGAAAAAUGCAAGUAUUGAACAGCGCAAGAAGAUUGAUGUGGACCUACAAAAACUGAAUAAAGACAUUUCAGAAAUGAUGUGCAACCUAUCUCGUUUGGAAUCCACGCUGCACUACAGAAAUGAAGACAAAAUCAAUGAAGCUAUAAAACGCCUAGAAUGGAAUAUGAGUGUGCAAAAUUUCAAGCUUUCUGAAGAGAAAAAGAUCGUGGCAGAGAUAGACAGUCUGCGUCGUUCCAAGAAGACCCUUGCACUUUACCUGAGUCUUAAAAAGGAAAUGGAGCGAAUGAGAGACCAGCAACGCUUUAUGCGUGAAGAGAGAGAUCACUGCUUUCACAAUGUGACACAACUGAAACAGCAAGAAGAAAAAGUCCGCAGUGAUGCUGUCAAAAAGAAGGCUCAAACAGAGAAGCUGAAGAAAGAGGUGGACGGUCUGUAUGAGGCCAAGCGACAGAUGAUAGCCACAUACAAAAAGCAGAGGGAGGAGUUCAAUGACAUGCGAGAAAAGCAGCGGCACGAGAGCUUCAAGAAGCGGGAAGAAGAAAAACGAGCCAUUCAGGCAAGACUCAAGAAAGAGCUAGAUGAUCUAGAGGCCCAGAAGCGACCAUAUGAGGAUGAGAUUUGUCUCUGCAACACCUUGAUACACUACCUGAAUCGUUUUGUUGCCAACACUGAUGUUGAAACUGUCAGCCCUACAGGGUUUGCAUCUACACCAGUUUCUUCUCCUGCCACGGAAGAACCAGCCCCACUGAAUAACCAAGCAUCUGGGCUUGCAGAAGAGCUGGAAGAUGGCCAGUAUGUUCUCCUGAGAAAAUGUGAAGACAGCAGCUAUGUUUCCUGCUCUGCCAAACACUUAGCUCGCAAACAGCGCCGAAGCCGAAAGGCAUCCAUGGUGAAGCGAAUCACUCAUACACCAGAAGUACUAUCCCAAUUUUUAGCUCUCAAUCUUAACGCACCUACGACUAUGGCCGAGGUGCUUGCUUCUCUGGAGCAGCUGCGGGCAAGAAGGCUGCAUUAUGAAAGGGAGGCAGAGGCAAAAAGUGAAACAGAGAGUGCGGUGUAUGAGAUGUCAAGGCAGGCCAGCCACACAGAGAGCUGCGACGGACAGUCAGAGGCACAGCUCAGUGACCAGGUGAUGGAGGAACUGCUGCAGGUUAAUGGUUGCUGGCAAUCUGCAGAAAAUGUUUGCUCACUGAAGCAAGAAGAGGCAUCCAGUUCUGGCUGGGUCAAUAACCAUGCAGAACCAGACAUUUUAAAAAAUUGCUCCUCUACUAGAGAAGAAGGAGUUACCUUAGACAAGUGUUCUUUCCCAUCUCUGCUGGAAACGGUUGCAGAUUCUUUCAAAAGCAGCAGAGGACCACUUUUUAAACGGCCUGCCAGCAUGUUUUUAGGGGAAGAAAUGGAUAGUUUUAAUGGUGUUACGGAUGUUGUGCAUCGGCAUCUUGCAGGAUCUCCAGAUUGUGUUGCUACCAGUUUUUCAAAGGCAGCUUGGGAUAGCACACCACAGGGUAUUCUGUUGGAUCAUAGAAUAUCUACUGUUCCUGUUGUUAAUGGGGUCAGCAAAUGCGAUGAUGUGAUAGAACUCGGGAAUGGCUGCCCUACUGUCCAAUGGCAGGAAGUUGCUCAAGACAUAAGUGACAAGGGAUCAGCCUGUCAUGAGGAAGAUGCAGUGAUUCUGACAGGAAAUGACUCAAACAGUGGUGGAAUAAACAGAUCCCAAAUGGGAUUUUGUAACAACAGCGAGACAUACUGUAACAUCCCCAUUGCUACUGUCAGCCAUCCUUCUGAUUUCAAUGAUAUCCUGAUUGAUGGAGCUGAAGUUGCAUCUGAACUUGGCAAAGAGUCCGAAAUUUGUGUAGCCUUAAACAGCUUGCAUCUCAAAGGUGACGGUAUGGUUCGAAAAGAGGCAAACUUCACAGACAGGGGCAAUAAAAACAAGGAUGGGGGAAUUUUAAUUUAGACUGCCCUAAUGGGCACUGCAUCACAGUGACAUCAGUAAAAUGCACCUGCCCACUUCCACUCACACUCCUCUUUGAUAUUGGUGGCUAAUGCUGCCACCUCUGCAUUAUCAUUCACUCUUGUUGUCUCCAUAAUUAUCAGAAAAGGCAGAGCCAUCUGACACUGUUAGUGAACUUCGAACUUUGCAAACUGACAGGAACAUUUGUGCUUUGACUAUACAUAUGUUCACGCACGCGCAGACAUGUACUUAUGCACACACAGAGCUUUGCACUGUGACGAACAGGUCUAUGAAAAACAUGCAAUGAUUUUGUAGCUACUUUUGAACUACAUGUAUUGUAUCCAACUUCUAAUGAAUGCAGUCCCUAUUUUUUUUUUAAACACACUAAAGAUCACAUAUUUACCAGAAUAGUUGAACAUCUCUUUUAGCAUUUAGUAUAAUUAUGGUUAUUUAUGAAUAUUUUUAGUGUGCUAUUGAUUGGGUGGAGGUGGUGUUGUGACCUCAGCACAUGAAAUAUUGGAAAAGUGUGGCUGUUACAUUUUUAAUUAAGCAUUUCAUGUUGACAGGUUGCUUUCAGUGUUUUGAAAUAUUAACCUGAUGACUUAUUUAUUGAUGAUAAAAAUGAGUGUGAUAAAAUCCAAUUAUGAAUAUAUUUACAUAAACAUUGAUUAUGAGUAAGCUUAUAAGUUUAGUGGAAGAACUAGUUGCAGUGUCCCUCCAUUGUGCAACAUGUUUCUGGUCAAUAUGUUGAGUUUCUCAACCUUUUCUGAUAACUGCCUGGAAGUUGACUAACAUCAGUGGAGCUCAACCUCCUUCUCAGUUCGGCAGAGAUUAAUUGGAGUUUUUCCCCCCACAGAACUUGGUGAAUAUCAUGUUGAUCUUUAUGAUUCACUUUGUUAUUGUAUGUUUAAAAGUCAAGGUGGACAAAGCUGAGGUGAUCACUCAUCUCUUAGGAAAAAAAAGCUGUUUCUGUAGUUUCAUUAUAAAGUGAUAUAAUGGAUGACAUCCUUACAUUUUUCCUUCGAAAGCUUUGGUCCCUAGAAACGUGUUGGUGUAAUAGAAUGUUAAAUUUUAACUUUUGGAACAGUAUUCAUAUUACAUAUUAUUUCAUGAUUUUGACAUUAUGUUUACAUGCUGACACAUCAUUGUACUGGGUGUCUCCCAGGUGUAGUCCAACUAUUGAUAUCCAUCACAUUUUUAAUGGUUUCUUGAUUUUCUUAUCACUGCCCAUGGAAGAUUUUUGUGUGGACCUUCUCCAAAUAGUGGUUUAUGCCUGACAGCACUGUAUUGAUACUGUUGACUUGAACUGAUGGUGAUAACACACUUACGUCUUUUUUUAAAAAAAUAGAGACUCUUGCAUGGUUGUGGAAUGCUCUGGGUUCUGCUGUUGAAUAUAACUCUUUGCAGACUUGCUUUGAGAGAUGGAAAAUGGUCUUUAAAGAAAGUCAAGGUUUUCUAGAAUAUAAAUUUGAUGGCUUACAUUAUUUGUCAACUUAGAAUAUUCCAUCCUGAUUGGUGACUGGUAAGGGAAAGGAUGGUCCUCAUUUCCAGAGGGUGGUCUUGUGGCGCAGCGGUUAGUGCCUGUCACCAAUACAGUGAAGAUUGGUUGUCCUGGGUUCAGCUCUCGCCUUAGGCAGGCCAUUCUUUCUCUGCAUGAUGGAUCUUUUUACAGGGCUGGCUGCCUUGCUGCAAUAUAGCCUUAGUUGCUGGCUCAGCAUAAAAUAUCAGUUCCCCCCUUCAUUCCCAGACUUCUUGACCUGGCAUUGAUGAUUUUGGCUUGGUUCUGAAUAAGAAUUCCUAUAUGUGUGAAUCAGAAGUGGAAUAUUUUGUUCUUCAAAGUUUCACUCUUUGUUUUCUUAUUUGGUAACACUAACAGUCCAUUGAGUACAGAAAAGAUUAAUAGAAAAGGAAAUGACAGGUUGUGCUUAAAGGAUAGAUACUGACACUCUUAAUCAUUUCCAUUCAAAAUUUUAGAUCGCAAAACAAAUUACAGUCUAAAACACAGGUUUUGGGCAGUUCACAGAGGCUUAUGCAAUGGAAAACAUAAUAUUUCUUCAGGAAAAGUAAACCAUUUAAAAACAAUGUUACUUUCUGUCACGACAGUCUUGUCCGCUUUGCUAAGCUCUUUCUCACUGUACUCAUCUUCAGAAUUUUAGUGCACAGUACUUCGAUUCUAGUGUUUUGAUGAUUUGACAGCAAAACAUGGCAGCAUCUUUGUACCACCCCAGAUAAGUGCUACAGAUGUAAUUAUAAAGUAGAUGAUUGUUUUUGUAGCCCAACAGUUUGAGUGGAAAUGAUUUGGAACAUCAGUUUCCAUCAUUUAAGCUAAGCUUGCCAUUUCAUGUUCCUUUUCCUUAGAAGAGUCAACAGGUAAUCAUCUACUCUCUACUCUGCCAUCAAAUACUCUUUCUUGGUAAUGACAAAGGAUCAGCCUGUCAUAAACAAGAUACAGGGGUUCUCACAAGAAGCAAACAAGAGGUGGGUCAAGGUGAAGAGUCUUUAACAGACAUCCUAAAAAAUUGGCAUUCCCAAUUUAAAUGGGUUUUUUUUCUAGGCUUUUUUGGUGUAUUCUUCUCAAAUGCCUGCAUUAUUCCUUUUCCUGUUUUCAUUGGAUUGUGGUCUAUAUUCAGAUAGCUUUGUACAAGUGUUCCAAUCUCAUGCUUGACUGUUGUUUGACAGAUAGACAUGCCAAUAAGCAGUUUCGAUAACCCUUCUAAUAAAAUAUUUGGGGAAGGGGGGGUAUUUUAAGUAUAAUCUAUUUGACAAGCUGAAACUAAACAUUGUACUACUUCCUGUCUCAUUUUUUUGUUUGCAUAUUCUGAAUGCUUGGGUAUUGUGAAAGCAUUCAUGAGUAAAAACAAACUGUACAUUCAGAGAUAGGGCAUUCUGGAGUUUAAGGAAAAAAACAUUUUUAUGAAAAUGGCAUAUCACUAGUAUAAGCAGAUCAGAAUGCGCUUUUUUUCAAUGUCUGCUCGAAACCAUAUAUGCGAGGUAUCAACAGUGCUGGACAUGUUAUAGUAGCUAUUUGGUGGGCCAAUAACUUGAUCACAUAUCAUGCAUUCAAGAGCUCAGCUUUGUUGACAAGAAUAAUGAAUUUGAUACAUGUUAAGAGAUAUAAUACUGGUUUCUAGAUAUAUAAGAUUUGUUUGUGGGAUUAUUUCUUUAUUAUGAUUGCAAGUAUGCUGUUGACUAAUCACUUUUCUACUGUUGGCCCAACUGUUGUACAAAAGGUAUGUCAUUAGCUGAAGUUUUUAGAGAGAAUAAUGCAGCAGAAAGAUUUGAUGGGGAACAGAGUUUUGAUAAUUAUGAAGCUAAUAUUGUUUGCAAUAAAAGUAAAUGUGAAUAUCAUGUGAAUUUGAUGAAAGGUGCCCCACGUACAAGUAAUGGGGGGAUGUUGUUCUGGCUACAUUUUCUGGAAUUAAACAUGUUUUACUUGUUUAUAAACUUUUUGCCUAUUCAGUCUAUUGUUGAAGUUUUGUACUUUUCCAAAAUAUCGAUCUUUAAGCUAGUUUUCUUUCCCCCGUUUUUUUUGUUUUGUUUUGUUUUGAAAUGUGGAUCCUAAUCAGUUGACUUCACUUGAUGGUUGAUUUGGGAAAAACAUGGACAUUGUUGGGUGAAAUUUGUAAGCAAUGUGGACUUUAUGGAUUUUUUGUUCUUUCCUAGUCUGUUCAGUCAUUACAACUUUUCGUACCAGUUUUAGUGUGAUGGUGAAAUGUAAUAGCACUCAAGGGUGAAACUUCUGUCCCUCAACCCACCCUUCCUUUUGCUUUAAAACUAUACUUCCUCACAAGAAUCAAAUUCAGAUAUGGUACACUAAUUUUUUUUGUUUCAAAGUUGGAUGUACAUUUCAUUGACAACCUGUGCCUAGAAAAUCCAGUCUGUUUAACUGCCAGUUAUAUCAUCAUUGUGUUUCCAGUGUAAUUUCUCAUAGUCAGAUCUCAUGGAUCUUUUUGUUAUGUGAUUCAAAUAGAUUUUUGUUGUCUUCACUAUAUUCCUAAACAGGCCUGCCUCUUCAUAAAAAUUUGUUGCAGUUGUAAAGUAUGAGUUCUAAAUAGGUGAGAGCACAAAGAACGCAUCUAUGUAUACACUUGUGUUUAAGUAAGGUGACCAGACGUCCCGCUUUUGACCUCGUGUCCUGCCUGCUAAUUGGGCGGGACGCCCAAUGUCCCGCUUUCUGGCUUUCUGGCAAGUCCAUCAAAUGUCCCGGUUGUCUUUAAAAAUCACUUUUUUCAGCGUUCUUUGACGGUGACGAAACCAUCAUCGGUACGUGUCCCGCUUUCGCCCCCGAAACGUCUGGUCACCUUAGUUUAAGUGUACCUUUGUGUGUUUAGAUGUGGUUCAAACAUGCAUUUGUAUGCAAUUCUUAAACCUCUUAAAAAAUCUCUAACAUGAUCGUGGGUUUUAUUGAAUGUGCAUAGCAAUAAUGUCAUUUCAAAAGCACUUUUCUUCACAUCAGCAUUCUGAUGCAAGUGUAUAUGCACUGUUGUACUUUUUUUUGCCAUAUAAAGUCAGCAUCAAACAACUACUGAAGGUUAUCAUGUACAUAUUGGCAUAGCCUGUAUGCAAGCAGGCAAAUUCAAGAAUUGUUUGUUCUAUGAGAACAAGCAUGUCCUGAUCUUGACAGACUUAUGCCCAUGUGCUCAUGCAAAUUGGAGAAAAGUAGUUUUCAAUCCUCCACCAUAAAACCUAUCUCCAACCUCUAAAAUUACCAAAACCAGGAUCUGUUAGCUUUGGUAAUUUUAGAGGUUGGAGAUAAGUUUUAUGGUGGAGGAUUGGAAAUAUACACUUGAAUUAAAGCCACAGUGCUGCAUGGAGGUGUGCUGAUCCAGUAGCAGUAUACAGCUGAAUAUGGGCUAAGGCAGGAGUGGGGAGGUGUCUCGUUAUUCAAAGUUUUACUUAAAAGAAACUAUUAUUUUGUUUGCAAGGGAACUAUGACUUUGCAAUUGUAUACAGUCCUGGGACUGCUAAAGCAGCAGUGGUGAUCCUGAUGUUCUUGUAAGUGAAGUUGCUGUUUGCAGUGUGACACACUACAUUGUUUGGUAGUUAUGAGUGAUACAUAUUUUUUAUAUGCUGGUGGAUGACUUUUUGCAAAGGAACAUUUGCGAGGCAUCCUUACCAGAGAGGCUUGCUUUUUUUUUCUUCUUGUUAUGGGAGUGGGUUGAACUUUUGACUUCAUCUGUCACAUUUACACCAGAGCUUAUCAUCCCAUAUCUCAUGCCACUUGUCUAUUCCAGAAAUUGUGGUGAAUGAAGGAAGUAUACCACUGGGGAUUCCUUUGAUCAAAUUGACAAUGACAUUGUGUGGGGAGAGGUGGGUGAAUCUUAAUGCACUUUUAAGGUUGCUGUUAAAUGACCCUUUGGCAUACAAGUAUGCCAUAAAUUCCAAGUACUGAAUACAUAUUUAUUAUGGUAUGAAGUUCAUAUAGAGCAAGAAGUGUCACUUACCCUCAAUAUUAGUCAUCACUUGUUAACUUCUUUAAUUAUUUGCAACCUUUUGAAUUUGACAGAAGUUUUAGGUACUCUUUAUUUGGCAUUUCUUACCUUUACCACUCCUUACCACUCGCCCUUAUUCUGUAGUAAAAUUAAAUUACUGUGACAUCUAUAAUGGCUUUCAACAGAGACAGUUCUAUAUAUAUAUCAUUAUACAAGAAUUGUGCAAAGUUGAUGACAUUGUCAUUAAACAGAACAUAGUGUGUGAUUUUACUAGGGCAAAAAUAGUGAUGGCAUUGAUUAAAUUAUUGGCCUUAAAUUAACACACUUCUGGUGUUUACUUACGACUUCAUUUCCUUGUUAAUUUUGUGGCAUUAGGACACACUAAACCACGAUGUUAUUGUUAGAACAUUUUAAACAAUAUUUGGUGGCAGGGAUUCUUAAAGGACGAAAUGCAAACUUUUAUGUGUGUCAUUUUGUUUAUGCAGUGCACAAGUUAUUUGCCAGUCACAAACUUUAUUUUCAGAACUAGUAUUUCACAGAUCAGAAUAUACCAUUGACUGAUAACGACCAAAACAGCUUUUGUUAAGCUGCUUCUGGUACUGUUUUCUGCUGGUAAGAGAACUUUGCUGUGCUAGAUGAUGUUGUUUGUUGAGUUUGGCUGAAAUAUGCAGAUGGCAACUUGAGUGCUCUUAUGUUCUGACAGACUGAAGUGAAGGCUUGUGAUGAUUCAAGUUUGUAUCUGAUGCUUACUUAAGUAUGUUUGUUGCAGAAUACAUGGUUGUCUGCUGGUAAAGCACUGUUUCAUCAUGCAUUGUUAUAGAACAGGCAAUAAAUGUGUGAGACAUU